AUUUCCGGUCGGAUUCGCCGGGCACGAAUCAUAGACAGCGAAGGAAAGAAGAGGAAGGAGGAGCCAUUUCUGAUUGGAUUCGCCGGGUAUAAACCAUAGAAUAGAGAGGGAAAGAAGAGGGAGGCGGAGCUAUUUCCGGUCGGCUUCUCUCUCUAGCCAUGAAAGCCUCUAUAAGGAGACCGGAAGUGGAGGAGGAUUUCGAGAGCCGUCAUGGCGGUCCUUGGAUACUGAAAGAGGGAAAGCCGUCCGUCGUUGGUCGUUCUGGUGAACCGCUUUCCCCUCGCUUGGGUGGCGCGCGAGAGCUUUCGCUGGUCUCCACUCAGAACCCGUCCAGAAGCCUAGGACUACAACGCUAAUCGUACUCCAUGCUAGUUGGACCCAUAUGGCUGUGGAUGAUGGGACAUGAGUCCAUUGUCUUGGCGAGAUGAGCUUGGAUGUAAAAAAAAAACCAGACCGCAACCAUGAACUAAAGUGUGCAGUCCUUAUUGCUGGAUGAAUAUCGUUUUUCUCCGUUGCCUCUUAAGCUGAAUAUGCACUGAAUUCUCACAGAAAAGGAGCGCCGCCAUGGACGAAGAGAGCUUGGAAACAGCAAUUCAGACUUACAAUGCCCAGUUGCAUCAGGUGGACUUGGCUUUGGGAGCUGGGCUGGACCCAACGCAACAGGCCGAUCUAAUCCAGCUGCAGGCCGAUUUAAGGCAGCUGAUAGAACUGACUGAAGGCAGCCUCCUUUCCGUGAAAAAAAGCAAGCUUUGUUCAGUUUUGGACACCGAGGCGCUUUCAUCUGCCCAUCCUCAACAGAGCAGUGGAGAAGCUGGUCAUCUGAACGCCGGUGACGAAUAUGCUGCUUUUAAGGAAGCAAUUGAACAAAUAGGGGGAGAGGAUGGUCCAUUAAGGACUCAGGAGGACACAGAUGGGAUGGGUGAUGAAGAGGAGGAACAGGAGGAAGAGGAGGAGGAGGAAGAAGAAGAAGAAGAAGAAGAAGAAGAAAUAGCCAGCGGGAUGAAAGUGAAAGCUCCUUACUACAGUUCCUGGGGAACCCUGGAGUAUCACAACGCUAUGAUUGUAGGUAGUGAGUGUUUGGAAGAUGGAGGGGCCGGAGUUAGGGUGCUGUACCUCUACCCAACUCACAAGUCUUUGAAGCCAUGUCCCUUUUUCCUGGAUGACAAAUGUCGAUUUAAGGAGAAUUGUCGGUUUUCCCAUGGGCAGGUGGUAUCCAUUGAGGAGCUGCGUCCCUUUGAAGAGCCUGACCUCGGUUGUUUAGCUGUGGGGUCAGCCUGCCUGGCGAGACACCAGGAUGGGAUCUGGUAUGCUGCUAAAAUCACAGGUGAGGUGGCUUUUGGCAUGCCCCAUGGGUUUCACUGUGUGAAGAGUCUAGGACGCUGUGAUGACCUGGCACAAAGGCAACACAGUGUAGGGAAUCAGAAGGCCCUGAGCGUCCGGCUCUUCCAGGCCAUGGAAAAAAUCGAGCAGACUCAGAGGGACAUCCGUGGGAUUCGCGAGGCCCUGGCACGCAACGUUGGGCGGCACACCAUCGCCACCUCCAAGCUGGAAGAGAAGCUCUCCGGGGCCCACAAGAAACUGGGCGAGCUGCGGGCUUUGGAGGCGAGUCUUCAGCAGGAACAGAAGAAAGCCGACACGCACAAAAAGAUGACCGAGUUCUAGGUUUUUUUUUCCUCCUUCGGGGGGGGGGGGAGAAAAAAGGAUAUUUCAGUUCAGGAUGGCUGAUGGGUGGGAAGCAGUUACUCUCUUCUGGGUUUCAUUCUGUCCCGUUGGACAAGUGGGCUGGAUUUGAACAGCUCCCCCCACCCCACCCCGCCCCAGAAGGAGGACAGUCUAGCUUUUCCUCUUCAGAGAAAACCCCCCCCCCCAAAAAAAAAUCCACAGCAGGUUCAGAAAAGAUCUGAUUGGGGAAGGUUUUCUGCUAUAACAGGAGUGAGCGACUAUGGCAACUCUAGAACCCGCGGACUUUGACUCCCAGGAUUCCUGAACCAGCCCUUUCCUGCACUGUGUGGUACCCAUCUCUUUGGUUCUUGACCUCUCUAGGACUUCUCUGUGGCUGCUUUUGGUAGGCCUCUUUUCUCCUCUCUCAGCUUGGAGGACAGAAAAAAAUAAAACAAGG